AUGGAAGUCUCAGUCGAGUUCAAGCCAUCUACCACACCUGCCGCCACUGCAUCCCCCUUCUCACCUACACCAUCCUCCGCAUCACCGACUGUCUCUUCUUCCCGGAAGCGAGCCUUUAGCGAACUCGAAGACGGCAAUGCAGUACAAAAUCCCGAGACAAGUAAGCUCCAGAAGCGAGACGAUGACGGCGCUGAUCUAGAGGAUCGCGAAAACCGGGAUCCUUCAAUAUAUGAAUCACAGAAUAUGGAGAUCGACAAGCCUUCCUCAAAUGUGAUAGUACCUGCUUUUCAGAAUACGCCUAUUAUAUAUGGGCCCGAUGCUUCUACUUCUACUCUCUCUUCUAAUGCCGAUGCGUCAUCGAUGAAUAAGGCUCUCGCUGCCCUUCCUGCGGCGUCUCAUACUCCUCAUAAUACACAGCAACAACAAACUAUUCAUCCUAACCAAACCGUUUCCUUACCCGAUAGUAAGAAACAAAAAUUGUCUCCAGCCGAUAAGGAAACAAAACGACUAGAGAAAGAAGAAAAGGAUCGGCUCAAGCUCGAGGAGAAGGCGAGGAAAGAAGCAGAAAAGCAAGCGAAGGAAGAGGAGAAGAAGAGGCGGGAGGCUGAGCGCGAGGAAGAACGUAAGAAGAGGGAAGAGAAAAAGAAGAUCAAAGAGGAAGAGAAACAGGCCAAGGAAGAAGAGAAGCGAAAGAAAGAGGAAGAAAAAACGAAGAAAGAACGGUCUCAAAUGAGAUUGAAUGCGUUCUUCGCAAAACCCACCGCUAGCACUGCGAAACCGGCCAAUAUAGGGCCCCCAUCUCCUCAGAAAGGACUGACCCAGGAAACUGCGAAACCAUUGUCGCCAGGAAAAACGCGGGAAGCAUCGCAGUCUAAUUAUCGCAAAGAAUUCCCAGCCUUCUUUCUCCAGAGCAAUACUCAUCUUUCACCUCCCCACCAGUUUCAGCGUGACAGCGAGGCAUUGUACCACAUUUGUCAGAAACUUGAUGGGUUCCUAAAACAACCCACCACACCUCCUGCAUACCGUGGGUCGGAAUUAUUUGAUAUGAUUCCAUACCAACGACGGAAUGGACGCAAUAUCAAGUCUGUCCGGACCAUCGUAAACAGCGCUCAGAAUGAGAGUAAUCACAUCAACCUUGCCGAACCGAAUACUACUUUCCUGAGAGAUCAGCUGAAGAAAGUGACAAUGAAAAGCCUUAGAUUUGGAGAAGACGUUCGGCCGCCAUACUAUGGAACAUUCACCAAGCCUCUAUCUCACAACCAAGCCCAUAAGCUCUGUCGUGCUCCAUAUACUCGUAUAAUACCCGGGGUUAAUUAUGACUACGACUCCGAGGCUGAAUGGGAAGAGCCCGAGGAAGGCGAAGAUUUAGACUCGGAGGGCGAAGAAGAUGUUAGCGAUGACGGUGAUGAUGAUAUGGACGGCUUCCUUGAUGAUGAGGAGGAACAAAUAGACGGCAGAAGGCGUCUUAUUGUUGGUGACCUAGAACCCGUUAGUACGGGAAUCAGAUGGCAUGACGAGGGAAAAGUCGACCCCGACAUGGAGGUGUACCGCAUCGAGGCUCUGUCAGAAACUAUCCAGUUCCCUAUUGACCCAUUUUCGACGGCACACUGGCCAAAGCCAAAAGCCGUGGAACAGGCUGCGUCGAAAGGGCCGUCUUCCCUGGUUCCUGCUAGAUCUACUCUUCAUGCCUACUCUACGAAUACAUCGAGCCACACACAAUUGCCUCUUGCACCACCAUCACGCCCCGUUGCAGCUGUGAAAGGAAAGCCCUUUCCGGCCGAGCAUCUGGUAGAAUUCAAGGAAACUGUCGAGGGCUGUGAUUUGACCAAGGCUGGUUUGAUCGAGGUUCUCAAGAAGCGCUUUCCUAAGAUUUCGAAAGACACUCUGAAAGACACCGUGAAUGCUGUCGCCGUACGCGUCGGUCAAAAAGAAGCGGACAAGAAAUGGACUUGCAAAUGA